AUGCUGGUCAAUGGUGAACCUGUAGUUUGCCUGGACAAUACAGGUCGUUUGACCCAAGACUUUGUCGCAAGUCACAACUUUUUGUGCAACAGUCUGUUCCACGAGAAGGGCACUGAGACACUCGGCGCGCCCUUUUUCGCCCAGUCGCACGACCGUUUCCAGGAAGUCUCGGGAUCCUUGGCGCGAAAGUUGGCCACAACACGUUUCGCACAGUUGGUGGUUGGCCACAGCAGUUUUAGUGCCAAGGAAGAUAGCGCAAAGCAGAGGUUCAAAAAAGAAAGAUCGAAAGGAACGAAGGAAUUGCUGGAGGCCCAAUUAGAGGAUCCUCGGGUGGACCUGGUGGAAAAGGCCAAAACGGAUUUCUUGAAGCGCGACAUUGCUCGAAGCAGUGUGUUCCAUCGAAUGACCAAUGAUGGAGUAGAUGGCACCAACGAUCGAGACGAGCGCAGUUUCAUGGUGGACCGGCUGAAGCAUCACUUGGGACAGGUCACGUCGUUUACGCAGCCAGAGCUUUGUCAGCUCUUGCUGGUGUAUCUGAGAAGAGGCUUGCAGAUCACAAAGCUCUGUGUUGUUAUGGAUCCUCUGGAUCCGCGAGAGUGUGCUGGUGGCCACACUGAAGACAAGUUGUCCAUUUGCUUGAGCAACUUCGUCAUUUUGGCAAGCAAUGACACCAGUGACUUUGCCGAUGUGGAGGCAGUAAAAGCUGCAACCAACCUGAAGCUCCAACUGGAAGCAACGGCAAGAAAGGAGAGCAUAUGGGCACUUAGUAUGACGUACAUGCUCGUUAUUCUGAAUUUUGUUUCCUUGAUUGUGGCCCUGGUCCGGAAUAGUGACGCUCCUUACUUUCAGUCAUUAAAACUUCCAUCGGAUCUCUUGCGGUGGAGUUUGCCUGGCAUGUCCGCUGCAAGCACGUUUAUUUCUGGACUGGUUGGACGAUUUCGCUUCAUGCUGCGCUGGAGCAAAGCCCGCAGCGCUGCAGCUCAGUUGGAAGCAGAGAUUUGGAAGUUCCGCACGCGCGUUUGUGACUAUGCUGUAGUGGGAGCCAGAGAGGAUGAGGAAGGCAGCGCUCGACCUGAAGAAGGUGGACAAAAUUAUACGCGAGAACGAAAGCAGGAUGUUACGCGAAGCUUGUUUCGUUCAAAUGUCAAUAGCAUCUUCAAUUCCGCCAUGGAAGAAAUGGGCACCAGCUCAUUACACGGCCAUGGGGUCGACGAACUUCCUACGCCACGCGCUUCAAACAGCAAAAUCCUUGGGUUCUUGUGCUGUUUGUGCAGAAGACGGGACCCGGGCAAAUUGCCAAACGAAGCCACGCAGGACCCAAUCAGCCGAAAUCGUUACGAUGCCCCGAGCCAGCUUGAUUGGAAGCAAUAUGGGCACUUAGGCGUUGACGAGUACUAUCAACAGCGAACUUUGAAGGUAUUCGAGCGCAUGAAGAGUCAAGCAUCUUGGCUGACCUUCAAGCAAGGUUCGCUCGAGAGUUUCGUCCUUCUCCUGGGUACCUUUGGUGUUUUGCUAUCCACCUUCGAUCAGACAGACAUUGCGAUGAUCUGCUUGUCUGUUGCAGCAAAUUUGCAAGCAUUGGAAAGAUUUCAUGCCCUGAGCACCCGUUUAGAUGCUGCGAAUGCUGGUGAGCGCGACUUGAUCUGUGCGUGGCAAGACUGGAGUGCAAUGGAGCCCAUGCAACGUCGGUUUCAGUCCAACGUCAGCAGGCUUGUAUUGACAACAGAGGGUGUCAACGUAGCUUUGACCAGCGCGGCAACUGCUGGAGUUCGCCAAACACUGGCAACGUCAACGAAAUCGAACUGAGUUGUUAACGAUUUAACUGUCAAUAGCAGCCACUCUGUCA